GUAUGUGGUUUUCAACCUCUGCAUGAAUGUCACGACCUUGUUGGCUGUGAAGUAUGGUAGCGCGCUGGGUACUUUCGUGGCUCUCAAAGCCAUCUUCCCUGUCUCGAUGGUGCUCUUCGCCUACGUGCAAUGGCCUCUCCUGGGCAAGACAGACAUCCAUUGGCUGACCUGGAU